AUGAAAACCGAAUUAAAUAACCGAAGUAAUAUUCAAAAUAAUGGAAUAAAAAGAGUACCUUUAAAAAGAAUUCAAGUUAGGAGAAGUAUUAGAGAUAUAUUAACAAACGAUAACCCAUGUAUAUAUAUAUAUAAUUAUACAGGAAAAGAAAUAGAUGUAUUCCCUAAAACUGCUUUAGACUUAAAGGGAAAAGAUAUGAACAAUGCAGGUUUAUUUAUUGAUAAAAUAGAAUGUGAUAUUAAAAAUGAUAAUGAUGAAAAAUGUAAUGAAGAAAGUUCAGCAAAUUGUUUAACAAAUUUGAAAAGAAUGGAUAGUCAGGAAAAUAAAUUAUUAAAUGAGUUAAAUGAAUUAUUAAGUAAACAAGAUUUAACAGAUGAAAUGAAAAAUAAUAUUAAAUCUCUUUAUAUAGAAAUCCAAGAAAUUUAUUUAGAAGUAAAAACGGAUUUAAAAAAUAAUUAUCCUUCAGCACAAGAUAUAUUAAAAAUAUAUACUAAGGAUGAAGGUAGCGAUAAAGAUAAAGACUAUACAUGGCGAUGUCUUUGUUUUUAUAAAUUAUUAAAUGACCAACUAAGUGAUAUUCAUAUAUCUACUAUAACUUCAUAUAGAUUAGAAUAUUUAAAAACAAUAUAUAAAUGGUACACUAAAAAUAAACAACUUAUAUUUAAACCGAAGAUAAAAAAUCAAACUAUGCGGGAAAUGAGUUCCGCUGAAAACGACACCAAUAGCACCGUUGAGGGGAAGGAAGAAGAUGAAGGAGAAAAUGAUGAAGGAGAAAAAGAAGCAUCAGACGAAGGCGUAAAUAAUAAGAUGGAAAAAUGCGACGAAAUUGAUAGCCCAACUAAAACACUGAAUAAAGAAAUGGAUAAAAUUCGGGAAAAAGAUUUAUCAAGUUUAGAGCAAAAUAUGUUAAACUAUGAUGAAUCAAAUAAUGCUUUAGAAAAUUAUACAUUCCCAAAUUUUAUAUUAGAAAAUAAUGAAACUGAAGAGAGGGAGAAAAAAGAAAGUUAUGUAGACACAGAAGGGAUGGUACAUUUAUCAGAGAGAGAAGUGAAGUCAGGUCAUAAUGAAAUAAAAUCUGAUGAUGCAAUAAAUAAGAUAAAUAAUAAAAUAGAGACUAACCAAACUGAUAAAUUAUCAGAAGAUGGUGAAUUUUAUCAUUUAAAUUUAAAUAAUAUUAUAAUUGAGGAAGAUCAUUUUUCCAAUAAACCUAAAGAUAACGAUAAAAUAACUGAAUUAGAAGAUGAAAUUAAAAAACAAAAAUUAUUAAUAAAAAAUAAAGAGACAGAAAUAACGGACUCCCUUAUAGGAAUUAGAUUUAAAAACAUUUUUGGAAAAUUCGAAAAUUUAGAUUCGGUGACAAAGCAAUAA